UUCAACUUUCCCAAUUUCUCCGCAAAUUCUAAAUUUCAACACCAGAAAUUGGAAGGUAGGGUUUUGUAUUAUACAAAUCAGUUCAAACAUUAUCGGCGACCUAUCUAGAAGUUGAUCCGACUCCAUAGCCAGAGCUUCGACUGCCGCAUUUCGUCUGAAUCCCCGAGUUUGCCGGCCAGUUGCAGCGUUCGGUAGCGGUUUUGAGUUUCGCCGGUAUUCGGUCAGAAUUGAGGUUUUCUGCGGGAAGCUGCCGAUUGUUAGUUCUGGUCACAACUUUUAGGUUUGCAAUAAACUGCUAAGUGCAUGUGAAGUGUUAUUGAGAAAGCCGAGAUGAGAUGCAAUGCCUGCUGGCGAGAAUUGGAAGGACGGGCUGUCACUACUACCUGUGGUCAUCUCUUGUGCACAGAAGAUGCAAGCAAGAUUCUCAGUAAUGACGGUGCUUGCCCCAUCUGUGAUCAAGUGCUCUCCAAAAGUCUAAUGAAGCCUGUGGAUAUCAAUCCAAAUGAUGAAUGGGUAAAUAUGGCCAUGGCUGGAGUAUCUCCUCAGAUACUGAUGAAGAGUGCAUACAAGAGUGUAAUGUUCUAUAUGGGGCAAAAGGACUUAGAGAUGCAAGUCAAGAUGAAUAAGGUAGUUGGUCAGUGCCGUCAGAAAUGCGAGGCCAUGCAAGAGAAAUUCACCGAGAAAAUGGAGCAGAUUUACACCGCAUAUCAGAAAAUGACCAAGAGGUGUCAGAUGAUGGAGCAAGAGUUGGAGAAUCUGACAAAAGAUAAACAAGAGUUGCAGGAGAAGUUUUCGGAGAAAUGCAGGCAAAAGAGAAAACUCGACGAGAUGUAUGAUCAAGCAAGAAAUGAGAUCGAGUCAAUGAAACGCACAGCAAUUCAGCCUGCGCACCAUUUUUUCCAAAGACCAGAGCCUGAUUUGUUCACAAACUCAGCUGCUAGGCUGGACAACAGAGAUACCAUCAGGAAAGAUUGGUCGAUUCUCACUCCUGACACUCCAGGGCCAAGGGACGACAUGUGGUCGGCGAGACACAACAGCUCAAAUUCGACAUUCGACAUUUCUGGUGGCUCACCGGCAAGACAGCCGGCCAUGCCGACUGAGACAGGUAACAACAGGAUGCAUGGUGGUGGUGGUCAAGCUCCUUUUGGCACCAGACAUGGGCCCGCAACAGGAAAUCCUUCGAUGACUCUCAGAAAUCUCAUUCUUUCCCCGAUAAAGCGUCCUCAGCUCGCUCGUAGCCGGCCUCAGAUGUUUACGUUGUAGAUAGCAGAGGUCUGCCAGCCGUGGGCCUGUUGCAAGUUUUUAGCCUUUAUAUGCCCUUCUGUGAUGUUUUCUUGUAAGAAAAACUGCAUAAGAACUGUAGAUACGAUUUUUACUCUGUGUUGUAAGAUACAUCUCAACUUUGUGUUUGCUAUACAAAUCCCAAAUGAUCGACAGCUCUGGAA